AUGUUAGAGGUGGUUCUGCAAGUGUUAUCCAUCAGUGCAAUCACCACCACAAUCGCGCUCUUCUUUUGUGGAAUACCAAUAUGUAUGCAAAUCCGUCGUCAAGGCGCCGUCGGCGACAUCUCCGGUGUCCCGUUCCUGAUGGGUGUUCUCGGAGGCUCGUUCUGGCUGCGUUACGGUCUUCUGAAAAUGGAUUACACCAUGAUUAUAGUCAAUGUGGUCGGCGUCAGUUUUAUGGCGUUCUACUGUGUGUUCUUCCUCGUCUAUUCACUUCCUAAGAAAACGUUCACAUUUCAACUGAUUCUCGUGGUGUCCAUGAUUAGCGGAAUGGUUGUGUGGAUGGCGGUGAAGCCGAAUCUCGACUACCUCGGCAUCAUUUGUAUGACAUUCAAUAUUAUGAAUUUCGGAGCGCCUCUAGCUGGAUUGGGAGUUGUCCUCAAGAACCGAGAGGUGUCAACACUGCCGCUGCCAAUGUGUGUCGCCAAUUUUCUGGUCUCUUCGCAAUGGUGUCUCUACGGAAAUUUGGUCGCCGAUAUUUAUAUUAUUAUCCCAAACGGAAUCGGAAUGUUCCUUGCCAUCGUGCAACUCUCCCUGUUCGUUGUCCUCCCAAUCCGUGAAAACGAGAAAAGUCCAUUGGAGAAACUGGCCAACUGGUUCACCGGUAGAUCAAAACUCGAGAAGAAGGAGAAGGAUCUCGAGGCUGGAGAAUGCUCUACGACACCACCUCCAUCACCUCAAAAAGUUGCGAAUUCGAUUGAUAUUGAUGAUGAUGCUGAAAGUGAAAUAAACGAGCGAUUCGAGAAGUUGAUGGCUGAAAGUAGUACUAGCGAUAGUCGACGUGGCAGUGGAGACUUCAUGGGCCGCCCGCCAUCGUAUAAGAGUAGAUCAUCAAGUGUUCCCGAUAUCUCGUCACUUUAG